AUGUCAGAACACAGCAGGAAUUCCGAUCAAGAAGAACUCAUUGAUGAGGACAUUGAUGAAGAUGAAAUCUUGGCCAAUCUGUCUCCUGAAGAGCUGAAAGAACUGCAGUCGGAAAUGGAAGUCAUGGCCCCUGACCCCAGGCUUCCUGUGGGUAUGAUCCAGAAAGAUCAAACUGACAAGCCACCAACUGGAAACUUCGACCAUAAGUCUCUGGUUGAUUUUAUGUAUUUGCAGAAAGCAUCCAGACGCAUGCUCGAAGAUGAACGUGUUCCUGUCACUUUUGUGCCAUCUGAGGAAAACACCCCAAAUAAACAUGAAGCACUACCCGAGGGUAAUAAAAAUAUGUCCCAAUAUUUAAAAGAAAAACUCAAUAGUGAAAUUAUUGCAAAUAAUAGAAAAGCAAAGGGCAGCAGCAAUGUCCAAAAACAAGCUAAGUAUGAAAAUGAAGACAACGAAGAUAAUAGUAAAGAAAGUGAUGGCAAAACAAAAAAAGAGGAGGAAGACGUAAAGGAACAAAUCAAAAAUGGUGAGAACAACUGCCAACACACAACUAGUCAAGCUUUUGAAAAACAGAAUGACAGGCCAGAGGCCCAAGAAAAAAGUGGGAAAAAAAUAUCAAAAUUAGAUCCUAAAAAGCUAGCCCUAGAUACCAGUUUUUUGAAGGUGAGUGCAAGACCUUCAGGAAACCAAACAGAUCUGGAUGGAAGCUUGAGGCGAGUUAGACAAAAUGAUCCUGAAAUGACAGAACUCAACCUGAACAAUAUUGAGAAUAUCCCCAAAGAAAUGUUAUUGGACUUUGUCAAUGCAAUGAAGAAAAACAAACAUAUCAAAACCUUCAGUCUAGCAAAUGUAGGUGCAGAUGAGAAUGUCGCAUUUGCUUUGGCUAACAUGCUGCGCGAAAACAGAAGUAUUACCACUCUCAAUAUCGAGUCCAAUUUCAUCACAGGUAAGGGCAUUGUGGCCAUCAUGAGAUGUCUCCAGUUUAAUGAGACACUCACGGAACUUCGGUUUCACAAUCAAAGACACAUGCUGGGCCACCAUGCUGAAAUGGAAAUAUCUCGGCUAUUAAAGGCCAACAACACUCUUCUGAAGAUGGGCUACCAUUUUGAGCUUCCGGGCCCCAGAAUGGUGGUAACCAACCUGCUGACCAGAAAUCAAGAUAAACAGAGGCAGAAAAGACAAGAAGAACAAAAACAGCAGCAACUCAAAGAGCAGAGAAAGUUAAUAGCCAUGUUAGAAAAUGGGUUGGGGCUGCCACCUGGGAUGUGGGAAAUGCUGGGAGGCCCAAUGCCGGAUCCCAGAAUGCAGGAGUUCCUCCAACCUCAGUCUCCAAACCCCCAGGCAGUGCCCUUCAGUCGACAGAACGAGCUGAUGAAAACCCAGUCACAGCCUCCACAGUAUAGGACAGACCCCAAUUCCUUCCGGGUAGUGAAGCUGAAGAGAAGCCAGCGCAAAUCUCGAAUGCCAGAAGCCAGAGAAUCACAGGAGAAAACCAAUCUCAAGGAUGUCAUCAAAACGCUCAAGCCAGUGCCGAGAAAUAGGCCACCGCCUUUGGUGGAAAUCACUCCCAGAGACCAGCUCUUGAAUGAUAUCCGUCACAGCAAUGUCGCUUAUCUUAAACCUGUAAGUAGAAGGAGGGAGAAAUGGUGA